GGUGGGUGGGAGGGAUGGUGAGACACAACAACAAUGGUGACCUGCCAACAACGAAACUGUUCCUUAACGAGAGAGUCACGGUGCUGUGGUCCAUAUUCCAGGUGUACGUGGCCGGUGAGCUGGACCGGGAGAGGCAGGCCGAGUACACCCUCACCGUCACCGUCACCGACGGGAAGCUUACGGCCAACACGACUGUUACUGUGACAGUCAUUGACAUCAACGGUUGGUGACAGUAUAGUCUUGCCUGAAAUGAUAAUGGAUAAUGUAUGGUAAUAGGUCAUGAAUUAAGUAAGCAGAGUGUCUAGCACUUCUGUGACUCACACUGGUGUGCUUCACGACAGACAACGGUCCGGUGUGCAAGGAGCCAAUCUACCGUCGGGAGAUCUCUGAGGAUGCCACCCCAGGCACCCAGGUGGCCUCUGUUGUGUCCUGGGAUGCCGAUGAAGGCACUGCUGCCUGGAGCCGCUACAUUCUCACCGGGGACAGCGCCCACCACUUCAGUAUUGACCAGCUGAAUGGCCACGUGGCCACAGCCACCCAGCUGGACAGAGAGGCACGGGACCACUACCACCUCACUGUUGUGGUGGAGGACUGGGAGCACAAGGCCUGGCAGUGUGAGGUGGUGGUGGAGGUCCUGGUGACGGACACCAACGACAACCCCCCGUCCUUCUCCCUGGCCACCCACGCCGCCACCCUGCUGGAGGACGCGCCCAUCAACACCAUCGUCCUCAAGACGUCUGCCACGGACCCUGACCUCGGCAUCAAUCGACGGCUGCUGUACAACUUUGUGGACUCAGCGGAGGGCCACUUCACCAUUGACGAGAUGGAGGGUGUGGUCAGCCUGGCCCGGCCCCUGGACCGUGAGACAAGGGACUCCUACAGCCUGACAGUGUGCGCCGUGGACCAGGGAAGCCCACCGCUGUCAUCCACCACGCAGCUCAUCGUCACAGUCUCAGAUGUGAAUGAUAAUGCUCCUGAGUUUGUGAGGAAACUCCACGAAACUUCCGUGGCAGAGAACACGGCCGUGGGGACAGAAGUCCUGCGGGUCAUGGCCACCUCAAGGGACAUCGGCAUCAAUGCAGAAAUCUCUUACUCCCUUCAGCACACCACGCUGGAGGAGUACCUGCACAUCCACCCAAAGACUGGUGUGAUAAGCAUUGGCGCCGAGGUGGACUUUGAGCGCAUACAGCAGGUGGUGGUGACAGUAGUGGCCACAGACGGGGGUGUGCUGCCUCUGUCCGCCACGGCCUUGGUCAACCUAACAAUCACUGAUGUGAAUGACAACUCCCCGGUGUUCACGCUGCCCACCUACACCGCCACAGUCAGGGAAGACGCUCUGCAAGGCGCCAGCGUGGUGCAGGUCUCAGCCAGCGAUGUGGACCAUGGCAUGAACAGCCUCGUCCGCUACAGCGUCAGGGCGGGAAACGAAGACCACUGCUUCACUAUUGGUGAUGACACUGGCAUCAUCACUGUCAUCAAGAAACUGGAUAGGGAAAAGGUCACAAAGUACCAGUUGACGCUGGGUGCCAGGGACUUGGGCACACCCAGCAACACUGCCAUGGCUCAGGUCGUGAUCCAGGUGGGCGACGUCAACGACAAUGCACCCAAGUUCACGCAAGACAACUAUACCGUGGUCGUGCAGGUGAGGCGAGAGGGUAGUGGUGGCUACGUAGCACAUCAAGUUCAUUGUACAAGAUUUUCCUCCUCCAAAGCCAUACUGUUUGUCCGUCAAUCUGUUGUCUCACCAGAUAGUUCAUCCAUUUAUCUUUGAUCAACCUUUCUCAGACAUUCACUACCUCACUUGUCAAAGAGACUGCCCUGUAGUUCCCAGAGUCUUCCCACCAUCCUUAUUUGUGAAUUGGCAUAAUGUCUGCUCACUUCCAGUCUGCUGGGCCCUUACCUUCUGCUAGAGAGCUGACUAUGACACAUUGGAUCUUAUCAGCUAAUUCCUUACUGCACUCCCUUAAGACCCAGCCUGACACACCAUCCGGUCCUAGUGCCUUCCUCACGUCCAGACCUUCCAUUAAUCCUUCCACCUCUUGUACUGAAACUUGUCUUCCUUCCAGGUACUCUAAGAAGUGAGCGUUUUUUCCCUUCAAUAAUUGUUUAAUCCCACUGUUUAAAGCAUUACGCGAAAUAGAUGAAUAAGAAUAACAACACUGGUAUUUGUCCCGAGGUUACGGACUAAUGGAAAGGGAAGGAGAAAAAAUGGAGUUGUAGGUGGAAGGAGAGAGAGGAAGUGGAGGGAAGAGUCUGAAAGGAAAGGUAAAAA